GUAUCCGACCAAGCAAAACGUGAAGCUGCGAAAUGCAAACUACGUUUCGCGAUCGACGUUAUCAGUGUUGCUCUUAGUUCGCUUGAAACCGUUGUCCCGUGUGGAAGUUCUGUAAAAUAACUCCAGCUGCAUGUGGCACUAAUAAAUAGUAAUUAGAGACGCAAAUCGAGCCAGACAAGAUGAAAUUCAUACUCGGAUCGUUGCUCAUGAUACUCAUGAUCUGCCAGUCAUCACUCGCCAUCGACAAAAUUCACAACUGCUUCCCCAGUAGCUUUACCGGAAUGUGCAUCCUGGGUCAUGUGUUCUACAACCGAUCGCACGAAGUUAGGCACAUAUUUCCACAGAACUACUCCUUAAUUCGCAUAGGAAACGAUGGAUGGUCGAAGGCUAUCACUUCUGUUAUUCGAGUGUUUGAUGGAAAGCUGCAUGCAGAGCUCGGUCAUCCCCCAGCCGUGGAAAUUCUGGACUCCGAGGUAGAAACACUGGAAAUACCGCGAGCACUACUCCACGCAAACUUUGCCGAUAACCGAUUGCACACAUUCUGGAUCGAGAGCGGCGACGCGGAACCCCUUUUAUCCUAUCUUGAUCUCGGCCAAAACAGUAUAUCAAACUUGACCAACAUCACCGCUUUCGUAAACCUGGAAACCAUCUACCUGUACUACAACCGAAUAGAAGCCCUAGAACUGAACGUUUUCAAGAGCUUCACAAAACUCAAAGUGGUAAACCUCAACUACAACCGGAUUACCACCCUUUCAGGGGACUACUUCCCGCCAUCCCUCACCUAUCUGGGUCUAUACUACAAUGACUUGAAAAGUCUCAACUACAGUGCCCUUCAGCUGCCAUCGCUAGAAAUCCUCAACAUUGAACGAAACUAUAUCACUACAUUCGAUGCGGCCAGAUUACUCCUCGGUUUACCGAAACUGCGAAUGCUUCGCAUGGGACACAACUCGUUUCCGGAGGAAACGCUUCUGUCAGCGUUGGAAGUACUGAAGCAGCACAACGUCAGCUAUCGGGACGAAUCGGAGGAAGUUUCCUGCUACUACGAUACCGAGGAAAUCGAAGGAGUGUGCAUCGAACGGCAAGCCAUGGGCAAGGGUUGGCUCAAGGCGAUCACACUCAGCAUCCUAACGAUACUGAUUGCGAUUGUAUUCGUACUGCUCGUUCGCUGGGUGUUCAUCGCCAUGAAUAAGUGAGCAACUCUAUAACGUUGGCGUUGGCGAGAUGGAGGCGGCCUAGUCAAAGCUACACACUAUUGAUAGGAAUUGGCGUGAACCACGCUGCGGUGUUCGUGCAUUAGACAGAAUAUGGAGAUAAGACAGAAGAGUUGUUUACCAAACAUGACAUCGACAUGGAAUAUGAUACUAAAACCGCAGCGACAAAAGCAAUGUGAAACUAUAUCAUGAGAUUAGUUCUGUAGAAAACGAAAUGUAAAUAAAUUGUAAUGUGGAGACGAAAAGUUAUAAUCAAUCAAUCCUAAAGAUGAUUUAUAAAAUUGAACGGGAUUUCCGGGGAGAUGUACAUAAGGGUCACGGCAAAACGUGUUUAGCUGUGUGGAAUUCGGCCUGCUGAUAAAGGUCUGUUAUGUCAAAAUGUAAAUUUGAAAUCAGACUAAUUGUGUUUGGAACGUUAUAACCCACCUACGGUGAUAAGUUGAUGCGAGUGUAACUAUAAAAACAAAUAAAUUCAGCGCAUCGGAAACCAAUUGAGGUAAUUUGCACUUGCAUUACUGCGACGACUAAGC